AUGGCUUUAAUUUCGUCAUUGUUCAAUCCUCAGGCCGAAAGAUGGAGAGAUCAACAUACAGUCGACAAAGCAUCAACGGAAAGUGAAGAAAAUUUGCUACCGAAGGAUGAGGGCGACACAGACGCACCGAGACCAUUGAGACCUGUAAGUAAUACGACUCAAGUGGUCAUCAUAGUUACCAUAUUACUCUUAUGGGGUGCAGCGGCUUUUAUGGCGGGUAUUAUGACCAGUAAAAUGCAACGGGAUAGUUCUUUCGGUUCGGCUGAAAAUGGAUUUGUUGAAGAGAGAAUUAUUACACCCUCUCAAACAUUCGAGCUUAUGCAGACAAGAUUUUCUGGCGGGGUGGACUUCACCCCUGAAGGCGUAGAAGUCCUCGCUCCCUCACUCUACGUCGGCGAGCCUAGUCCUGAAAUCGACGAAGCAUGGAAUGCUAUCAUCGGUGGAGAAUCUCAUUACUUUUCGGUCUCUGAGGAUGAAGCUAGAAGUCUUUGGGGUACAGAGUCCGACAGGUAUAGAGACAGAAUCAGGGGUGGGUGGACUGGCACGCUCGACAUGUUUCACUGUCUACAUUGCCUGAAUCAAUUAAGAAAAGCACUGCGGCGCGACGUCUAUCCCGAGGAAGAACAUCGAGGGAUGAUACACCAAUUGCAUUGUAUCGAUCAUUUAAGACAAGUGAUAAUGUGCCAGGGUAGCAGCGUUAUAUCCCCUAGCGAAUGGCAUGAUAAACGUGGCCAGUAUAUUAAUCCUAAGCAAGUUCAUACCUGCAGAGUUUUUGAAAAGCUUCACGAGUUUUCCAAAGCGAGAUACAAUGGGAGUAUUGCUGUCCCACGCGGGCCGAAGUUACCUCUGCACCGACAUACAUCAGUCCCGCUCUUUACCUAG